UCGACAUUAGCGACUCGCACGUGAUAUACAUGGCGUCGAAUUUCACCUCCGAUCCGCCCGCCAUCGGUCCAUCAACACCAUGUCCCGUCGCCGAGAUCGUCAUUUCUCUCCGGUCCAACUAAAAUAACUGGCACGCUCUCUCUCUCUCUCUCUCUCUCUCUCUCUCUCUCUCCAUCUCCUCCUCUUGGAUCUGCCUCGUGUCCAAAACGCACUUCCGAUCUGCACUCUCUCUCUCUCCCUCGCCGCGCCGCACUGCUCCGCGAUUCCGUCCCGGGCGCGUGGACUCUGCAGCUCCGAUCUCUCGUCGAUGGAUCUGUAGAAGCGUCCCCCUGGUCCGAUCCCCGCCGGAAGUCCCCCGCGCCCGCCGCCGGCGAUGUUGCCGCCGAGGUUCUCGAUCUUCGGGGGCGGCGAUUCCAGGAAGUCGGGCGGCAGUAGGGGCCCGAAGAGCGAGCUCGCCUCGCCGCCCUCCAUAAGGCUCCGCACGGACAAGGAAGUGUACAGGCCCGGAGAUGCGGUGGUCGCGACUGUCGAGAUCGUCACUCCCGACGCGGGCGGCGUGGUCAGGAACGGCUCGGUUUGCUCGCUCCUGAUCAAGCGCCUCGGCUUCGAAAUCAGAGGGAUUGAGAAGUUGGAUGCUCAGUGGUUCGCCACCCAGAAGCCCUCGCCGGAGUCCAGACAGCGCAGAGGUGAAUAUGCUUUUAUGGACUGCUCAGUGUCGUCCAUUGUCUCGAAUCAGAUUGUUUCCUGUGGCACCACUAAAACCUAUGUGAUUCGAGCUGUGCUGCCAAACAUCAUACCGCCAUCAUACAGAGGUGCUACAAUUCGUUACUUGUACUAUAUAAAGACUAUGUUAUCAGGACAAUGGCAGAUUCUUGAAACUGGUCACUCUCAGAGGGAAUUAGCGAAAGAUCUCGCUGAAUUGGAAGUUCGUGUGCCGCUACAAGUUUGGGUUGAUCAGAAGAAUAGUGGGUUGCUAUUGGAUGAAGGUCAAAGUGAAGGUAUCGUUCCUUUAUCAACCAUUCAGCUGGAUAUUUACUGGAAAGAGAUGGAUGGCGAGUCAGACUGGGUUCGAGCAAAUGACAUAUAUGAUGGAGUUGAGGAAGGUUAUGAUAGUUCAAGGGAUGAGAUAUCAUCUGUCUCCUCAUAUAACCCCAGUAGAGAAAAUAUACACAGAGCCUUCGGGAGUUCGCUCUCCUUGCAGUCGUCUAUAGCAAGAUCUUCAAGCAGAGAUAUAUUAUUCGCGGAAGGUGAACGGAUGAGUCUAUCAUCAAAUUUGGCACUUCCUCGUCUGUCUGCAGCGGAAAUCCUCCAUGAGAAUGAUGAUGCCCAUACUUCAGCUGUUGCCUCUCCAAAUGAUCAGUCAAAGCUUGGACGAUCUCUUUCAACAGAUAACCAUGAGGGAGCAUUUUCCCCUAAUGCAGAGGAAGGAUUUAUUCGAGCAAGAUCCUACAAUAUCAGAAUGGAUGACCGUGUUCUGCUCAGAUUCUCUCCAAAAAACUCAGACUCGACUUAUUACUUCAGUGACGCGAUUGGUGGAACUCUAACCUUUUUUCCUGAGGAAGGAGCCCAGAGAUGCCUUGAGGUUUCCAUAACAUUGGAGAUGUCAGAGACUAUAAAUAGGCGUUUUGUUCAUCCUUCCAGGAAAAAUUCACCUACCAUCACAAAGGAUGUGGAUUUAACCACUUCCAACGGACAACCAAAGACAAACAAAAUCACAGCAGGUAGGAAAACAAGCAGAAUAACUAUAAGAAGGAUUGUCAGAAUUUGAGUGUUUAACAUGUGCUCAAAUACCAUGUUAGAAAACGUUUGUUCCCACAAAUCAAGUCGUUAGUAAAUAGGCCCACAGUCUUUAUCUAGCAAUAUAACUGAAUGAUGUGACCUGGAGCUUUUUCUCUGAUUAAAUACUUGUUAUGUGCGUAAAUUUGAUGGGCGAUUUAAGAGAGUAAAUUUUUCAAUAUUUAAAUAUGUAAUUCUACGUCCCAAAUUUAGAUGAUUCAAAGCUUAAGGGUUUUUUUUUUUUAUCUUUAGCAUAGGUAAAUUUAGUAAGCAUUGCAAGUUUUUACUAAGUCAAAAUAUAAAAUCACGAGAAGUCCAAAGACGUACAAUGCUCAUGCACCUUUCUGCUUUUGCGGUCGUAUUUGGGAAGCUUGUUUUAAUGAAUUUUUUUGCUCAUACAACUUUUCCUUGAGGGAUGCUUUGGGGAUUACUGUGCUGCCAGUGCUGCAAUAUAGCAUUCUAUACAGAAAAGGUGCAAUAGCAUUAAGUGCUGCCUAUGGCUCCCUUGGGGAGCAUUGACAAAGGAUUUUGAUGAUUGGCAACCUAUGGAGAGUAGGAAAGUAAUGAUCAAUAUUAUAGGGCUUCCGACACCUUAGACAGAGUUUGAAAUUGUUUAUCAUAUACUGAUGCAUUGUGAGUGGGUGCCUCAGUUCUAAUAGAAUGGAGGGAAAGGGGACCUACAGCUUUGGAAGUCGUAACAUAUGGAUCCAUUCUGUAAAGAAAAGAUGUUUUACAUUUCUAGAUUACUGUACGGACAAAAUCUUGAAACACGUUCUAGGAAUUGGCAUCCCUUACUUCUGAAAAAAGAAAGAGAGAGAGAGAGAGAGAGAGAGAGAGAGAGAGAGAGAGAGAGCGAGCUUGCUCCUUAUACAGAUUAAUUCUGCUAAGGUCAAUAAAACUUUGGCAUGUCACUGCUGAUAUUUUUAUUAUACUGAUGAAGGAACAGUGAGGAAUUUGAGAUGCUAAUUUUCAACAUCAAGAACUUUGAGUGCCUGACCAUGGUGCUACUUUGAGUGCAUUGAUUGUUUUCUUUCUUUUUUUCUCCCAUAUUGUUACACUA